AUGUCCAGCCAACCACUCCUCCAAACCGCCCCAGGCAAGCGCAUCGCCCUCCCCACCCGCGUCGAGCCAAAAGUCUUCUUCGCCAACGAGCGCACCUUCCUCUCAUGGCUCAACUUCACCGUCAUCCUUGGCGCCCUCGCCAUCGGCAUGCUCAACUUUGGCGACCGCCCCGCCUUCAUCUCCGCCUUCUUGUUCACCGGCGUGGCGAUGGCGACCAUGAUCUAUGCCCUGAUAACGUACCACUGGCGAGCAAAGUCUAUACGGAUGAGGGGGCAGGCCGGGUUCGACGACAGGUUUGGCCCCACGUUUUUGGCGAUUAUUCUGCUGCUGGCGGUGGUGGUCAACUUUGUGUUGAGGAUCACGUACUCGCAUCAGGAGGGGGAGAAGCCUUGA